CCAUCUUUCUUUCCACCUCCUUUCUUCACCCUCUUGCGCUCUUUCCAGUGGUGAGCUCGCACUACCACAAGUCCGGCACAAACCAUGGAUUUCUCUUUAGAAAAAUUCUCGCCUUAAAAGAGGCAAGAAUCAGCGAGGAUUUUGACGCGGAGUGGCUCCUCCUACUCGUCCCUCGCACCCGGGAAAGAGCAGCCCACCAGCAGUGGGAUUGCCGGUGUCCAGGCUCUCUGGUCCGGUCUGGACUGUGGCCGGUGCCCGCUCCCCUCUGGGAACAACCUCCCCACUGUUCCUGCAGGAAUCGGUGCCAGCCGCCAGCCACGCCCGUUGCACCCGGUGCCAGGGUCGGAUAGGGUGACCCGCAGGCGUGUGCCUGGCCGUGAGGCUGGCCUCCGGCCUGAAAGAGGGCCCGCCCCGGGCCCCGCCCCGCCCACCAGGGCGCCCAACUCCUGCGUUCUCCUGCACUCACUGCUUCUCGCAGCCGCCUGCCGGACUUGCCUGCACCCUUCGCCACUUUACGCGCCGCAGCCAUGUGUUCUCGAGCCGCCCUGGCACGGGUGCUGCGACUUAUCGCUCUGGGCACGCUGCUGUGGCCCGUGGCCGACUCCUGGGAACUCACCAUCCUGCACACCAACGACGUGCACAGCCGGCUGGAGCAGACCAGUGAGGACUCCAGCAAGUGCAUGAAUGCCAAACACUGUGUCGGCGGCGUGGCCCGGCUCUUUACCAAAGUGCAGCAGAUCCGCCGCAGCGAGCCUCACGUGCUGCUGCUUGACGCUGGCGACCAGUACCAGGGCACCAUUUGGUUCACUGUGUACAAAGGCGCUGAGGUGGCGCACUUCAUGAACGCCCUGCGCUACGAUGCCAUGGCCCUGGGAAAUCAUGAAUUUGAUAAUGGUCCAGAAGGUCUGAUUGAUCCACUCCUCAAAGAGGCCAACUUUCCAAUUCUGAGUGCAAACAUUAAAGCAAAGGAGCCGCUAGCAUCUCAAAUGUCAGGACUUUAUUUGCCGUAUAAAAUUCUUAAUGUUGGUAGUGAAGUUGUGGGAAUUGUUGGAUAUACUUCAAAAGAAACCCCUGUUCUCUCAAAGCCAGGAACAAAUUUAAUGUUUGAAGAGGAAAUCCCUGCAUUGCAACUUGAAGUAGAUAAGCUAAAGACUCUAAGUGUGAACAAAAUCAUUGCACUGGGACACUCUGGUUUUGAAAUGGAUAAACUCAUUGCUCAGAAAGUGAAGGGCGUGGACGUCGUGGUGGGAGGACACUCCAACACGUUUCUUUACACAGGCAACCCACCUUCCAAAGAGGUGCCCGCUGGGAAGUACCCAUUCAUAGUCACUUCCGAUGAUGGACGGAAGGUUCCUGUGGUCCAGGCCUAUGCGUAUGGCAAAUACCUAGGCUAUUUGAAGGUCGAGUUUGAUGAAAAAGGCAAUGUCAUCACUUCACAUGGAAAUCCCAUUUUUCUCAACAGCAGCAUUCCUGAAGAUCCAGUUAUAAAAGCAGACAUUAACAAAUGGCGAGAAAAAUUAGAUAAUUAUUCUUCCCAGGAAUUGGGGAAAACAAUUGUCUAUCUGGAUGGCACCACUCAGUCAUGCCGCUUCAAAGAAUGCAACAUGGGCAACCUGAUUUGUGAUGCUAUGAUUAACAACAACCUUAGACACUUGGAUGACAUGUCCUGGAACCACGUGUCCAUGUGCAUUUUAAAUGGAGGUAGCCUUCGGUCACCCAUUGAUGAACGGAACAACGGCACGAUUACCUGGGAGAGCCUAGCUUCUGUGUUACCCUUUGGAGGCACCUUUGACCUGGUCCAAUUAAAAGGCUCCACCCUGAAGAAGGCCUUUGAGCACAGCGUGCACCGGUACGGCCAGGGUACUGGAGAGUUCCUGCAGGUGGGCGGAAUUCAUGUGCUGUAUGAUCUUUCCAAAACACCCGGGAAUAGAGUGGUCAAAAUAGAUGUUCUUUGCACCCAGUGUCGAGUGCCCAGUUAUGAGCCUCUCAGAAUGGAUGAGGUAUAUAAGGUGAUCCUCCCAAGCUUCCUUGCUAAUGGUGGAGAUGGAUACCAGAUAAUAAAAGACGAAGUCUUACAACAUGACUCAGGUGAUGAAGAUAUCAACGUGGUUUCUCAAUACAUUUCAAAAAUGAAAGUAAUUUAUCCUGCAGUUGAAGGUCGGAUCAUGUUUUCUGCAGGAAGUCAUUGCCAUGGAAGCUUUUCUCUAAUAUUUCUCUCAUUUUUGGCAAUUAUCAUUGUUUUAUACCAAUAGCCAAAAACUCUCCUUGCCAUUAAUGUGUGGAACUGCAUUUUUUUUCUCAAAUGAAAUUCAAGCCUGCCUUUUAGGAACUGGCUUUGUUAUGGCAUAGACCAUCCGCGCAGGCUCCGAGAAGCUGACCUUAGAGGGUCGUAAAUGAAGACACUGACAUCAUCACUCAGGAUCAACAACUUAGUGAACACACAGGAAAAGAAUUUAAAAUGGGCCCUAUGAGGGGAAGGCCAACCAUCUUUAGUUUACAUAUGCAAAUUUUAAUAAAAUUUGGUUAGUAAUUUUAAACCACAGAAAUCAUUUUUCUCCUUUACAUCCAUUCUAAUCUACCAAACAACUUAUGUUUACAUAGAACGUUAUCAUUUACAAGGGAGUUUUAAGCACAUUGUCUUAUUUGAUGCUCAUAACUUUCUUCGGUGUGCAAGACAGGUGUUGUUUUCCCAUGUGACAGAUGAGGAAACUAAAGCUCAGAAAGUGUUUACUUGUUUAAGGCCAUACAGCUAAGUUAUAGAUCUAAGACUUGGACCAAGAUCUUCUGACCUCAAGUCCAGUGCUCUUUCAGCUAUAUCCAGUUCCCGUUCAGAAUGAUACUUGAUGGUCUCCUCUCUUCAUAACUGUCAAUAGGCCCAAGCCCAUGGAGGACAAAUCUCUGUUUUCUUGGUCUGGUUUUUUUUUUCCUUUUUAGCUCCUGUUGUUGUAAUGAAUUAAAUGGACUAAACACAGGGCAGCAUUCUCUCUUGCACCAGCCAUGUGCCUUUGAUGAGUCAGAGAACAAAUGAUGCAGCAGGUAAUAGGAAAGGCCAGAGGCUACAAGUCAAAGGGUAGGAAGACAGGGAAGAGGACACCCAGGGCUGAUUUAUAUUAUAGAAGAGAAAGAGCUACAGGACACUUAGAUUUGUUAAACAGGUGCUAAGGAGUAGCAGCACAGUGCCUGACUCCUGGUAGCUGUUAAUAAUUUUAUGAGAUUCCAUCAGUUCUGCCUCUAUGCCCUGUCCUCCCUUCUUCCUAAUGUGAAGGUGUCAUGAGAAGAGAAACUUCUCAGACAAGGUGUAAUUCAAAACCUGCACCUGUCCCUCCCUAGCAUGUGCCAACACUGUGCUUAUUCUAGUCGCAACACACACACACACACACACACACACACACACACACACACACACACACACACACACACUCCCCAGUUAUGGAAAACCUAGAGGGGAGACAGGUUUUU